AUGAUAGUCGCUCACGCUCCAAAAAGUUAUUUCGGUUCAGAUAUACAAAAAUCAUUGGGUUCUCUUCCUGGAUUUCCAUGGGCGAAAUAUCCCGGAGAAAAACAUCUUCCCGGUCAUAAUUACGCCGGUCCAGAAACUAAAAAACCUAACACUACAGCGUGGAUGAAUAAAGCGAAACCUUACUUUGUGGAUCAAAUCGGAGACAUUCUUCAAGGUGAUUUAGAUAUGAACAAUUUCAAAGUAACUAAUUUAAAGUCUCCGGAAAACGAUAAUGACGCUGCUCACAAGAAAUAUUUACGGGAACAAAUAAAUUCAAUUGAAAACAUUGAUGAUAGUGGUAUUCAACAACAGAUAACCACUAUUAAUAACCUAGUUUUGAAACAGGACAAAAAUAUAGAUGCAUUAGAAAAAAGGUUUCUCAACAAAGAAUCAUAUUAUUUCAAUCUUCCAUUUGGAAAUUUGAGUGAUGCUUCUAUUACUGAUAAUACUGAUAAAUCAAAAGACUAUGAAUUUAAAAAAUAUGGAUUUACAGCAAAUAUUAGAGUAUAUUCUGUUCCAGUUAGUGAUAUUUCCCCCCAAAAUAUUUUUGAUUCAGAUGAUGAGAAUGAUUAUCAACCAAUAUUUUUUAAUUUUGAUAUGUUAUUGGAAACGGAAACACAACCAUUAGCAAGUAUUAUUAGAAAUCCAAAACCACAAAAAGAAAUAAUCAAUUAUCAGUUUUUACGAGCAACAGACUUUGAAUACGUAAAACUAUAUUUUGUUGAUAAUGAUAUAUUUACCUCAAUCGAUAUUCAUAAAAGUCAACAACAACAAAAUUUUUUAAUACCAAUAAAAAGAGAUGAUGCAUCUGUUACUAUGUUUUUAAAUAUUAGUAAACCAAAAUUUUCAGUUCAUCUGAAUAAGAUUAAUGAUUUGAAAGAACAAAUAUUCUUAGUAAAUAUGCAAUUUUUUAGUAAAGUAGCUUUAUCAGAUAUUCAUUUAAUUUAA